AAUAGUGAAGCCACCCCUGAACUUACUUCCAAGUUACCUAACCUAGUACUUAAUACAUCAACAACCAAAUUCCCUCGACAGCUACAUAAUUUAACAUCAAUUACCUGUCCAGCACUGAGUGCCUCUUCUGUCGCAGUACCUACCCACCUACCUACCUACCUAGUAACAACGAGCACAUGAGAUCUUUACUAUUUUAAAUACAUAUCUAAUAAUCUUCAAAGUGGAUAGUAUGGUCGUUUUAUGAGAAUGACUAUUAUCAAUACUUCCUUUUGGUUUAUUAAGUUAGGCUGCUGUUGUCCAAUAUGUCGCUGAUUCAAGUGGAGGAAUUGGUCUCCUACCAAUUACGUACUAGUUACCUUAAUGAAGUGGCUGAUGGUGUCGGCGAACGCCUGAUCACUAUCAACGACAGUUUCCUCAACACUGCUCCUUUUAAAUCCGCUGGCUGGCGAACGAAUCCUUCCCACAUAAAACGAACCCACUCUCCCCCGAUACCUACUGCCAUCGCCUCUGAAUACUUUCAGGCUGCCCCGAGAUCCACUGGCCUGACCCUCGAAGAUGAGGUCGAAGAAGGGGGUAUGCUCACUGGUGGUGGUGCAGAUACAUUGGGACCCGGCGCUCUGAAGCGACGUAGAGAGAGGCGUCGAGAGCAGAUGGAAGAGGAGGAUAGCAGUGAUUUGAGUGACGAGAGCGACGAUGAUACAGAUCAGCGGGCCGCCCAGCAAAUACGAUUUGCGAAAAUGCCCCUUAGGACCCGCGCAGGUUCCUCGCCUAUCCAGUCGUCCAAUCUACGCCAAGCCACCAAUAUGUCAUCCCCACGAACUACCCCAGCGCCUCGACGAGGCUCACAGCCUACUCUAGAGACCGUGAAGGAACGACCGCGGCGAGACACUGUCACUAGUAGUGAGGUGUCCUCCGACAACGAGUUUGAUGCUUCAGGUUUCCACAGGCAGAGGGAAGCCGCGAGGACUAGGGCUAUGAGAUCACACUCCAAAGCUUCCGCAGACGCAAAUCACGGCAUGAACCGCCGAGAAAGUGAGCUACUGGCUGAGGAGGAUGAGAACUCUGAUAUGUCUGACACCUCAUCUGCCUUUGUUGCAAGUGUUGAUUCAACAUCAAUACUGGAUACCGUCGAGAAUCCAGCUGUUGGCACCUCUCCUGGCCAACAGGUCGUCGGUACGGUACCGAAACAAUUGCUUCGACAGUCUACAGUCAGGAGGCCGCAGCCUUCACUACAGCCACAGAUGCUUCAAGCCCUUCCACCUCCACGGCCCAUGAGCACCAUAAGACCCCUGAGCAUGCUUCAGCCGCGCAGCUUACUUUCAGAUGCCUUCAAGGCCAAAAAGACGAAACCUGCAAUGCCAUUCGACAAAUUUGCAUCUCUUUCAGGUCAGGGAGACCCUGAUCCUCUCAGAAUACGUAUAUAUGCGCCAUUCUCCGAGCACUCGGACACACCUUUUGAAGUUCUCAUUCGACGUACCAUCCAAGAGGCGGAUGGAACGUUUAGACCGGUAACUGUAGCGGAGUUGAUUGGGUUGAGUCUGUGGAGAUACCAUGCUGAAAAACUCCAUCCUCCUGUGCCCACCGACAAACUGAAUGUGAACUGGUGGACAUUAAGAAUGGUUGAAGAAGGCGGAGAGGUUGACGACGAUUUCGAGCCAUUGGAUCGUAAGAAACCUGUGAACUCAUUUACGACGGCCAAUAAUAGAGCAGCAAGAUCACGCUCGGCUUCCAAAGCUUAUGAUGAAUUCGCACUGGUGCAAGCUUCGGAGGCUGGUUUCGCUGACAACCAAAUCCAAACACCCCAGUUCCAGCAGCAGGACGUGGCAGAGGAAGUUGGUGACGAGGAGACGACUCCAAAGAGUACCCCCCAACCUCAAGCUUCCCCGUCAACAACCUUACAUCCGCGGACGAACCCUAUCAUCACCACAACUUACCGAGCAGAUACGCCACUGGCUGAUAAGCCACCACCUCAAGCAUCCGCUCCAGCCACUGCCAGAGGACAGCACAAGCUCCUGCGCGUCCGCAUUCUGUCAAAUGAUAUAGCCCCUGGACAGAUGGUUACCCUUGAUGUAACGACAGAUAUGUACCUCGCCGAGGUUCUUGAUCUAGUUUGUCGCAAGAGGCAACUUGAUAAGAGCGCACAUGUUUUGAAACUCCCCGAUUCUGGCGCCGUAGUCUACGUAGACCGCACAGUAUCGUCAAUCGGCAAUGUUACAGACUUGGAACUCCAUCGUCGUCGGUUCGCGACAGAUGGUCCUCUGACGAUUACAGGUUCUCCUAGCAGCCCUUCCCCCAAGGCUCAUAUCUGGAACGAACAACCCCUAAAGGGGAAGAAGAAGAUUCUUACGACACACCCUCUAGCUCAAGAAACCAUGAUGCAAGACGAAGCUGGCAGCGGCGAUGUAAAAUACAAAAAGUACACGGUCUGGCGCAAGCAGCCGAUGAGGUUUGUUGGAAUGAACGAGCGAAUCCUUGUGAUAGAUGGCGAGUAUGUGUAUAUUCAGCCAUCCUCCGGGGGCAAGGCAACGCGCGAAGGUGGCAAGACUACGACUGUGCAUUUCAGCAAUGUCAUCGGAUGCAGCGUGUCACGCCGCCACCCAACCUAUUUCAAGCUACUUGUGUAUAAAGAUACUGAGAGCAAGAGGUAUGAUUUCGAGGCUAAGAACACCCAGGAGGCAUCAGAAAUCGUGCGUGAACUCAAAAAGGGAAUAUCUCCAUACAAUAGGGACAUCUGAAAGCCGGAUUCAGGGGAUGUUCCUCAAGACUUUGCUAUCUAGGCCUGGAUAGAAUAUUGAUAUAAACGUCGGUGAGUUUUCUGGGUGAAGGCUACACGUGCAUACCUGGGACAUGUUCGCCCCUUUUUAGUGGGACAAAUGUAUGUCCGAUGGAUAGCGCGAUGUGCAGCGACACUAUGUCGUCCCACUACAUCUCUACCUACACAGCGUUCAAAAUAACGAUAUAUAGUCCUAGUGUUGAAUAGUACAAGUGGCCCGUUAUCGGGCCUCUCAGGCGAAUUUUCAGAGAAGCAGUGACAACAUACGUGGUUGUCAUGGAAGUGAACUUGACUACACUGGGUACCUAUGGUAGAUGGGUUAGCAGCUACCUAUGAAGUCCCCAGACGUGUGCCUGAUGUAUCCCUUUUACAUACAUGUAUGUAUUGCGGCUACUCGUUAGUAAAUUAUAUGAAGAUAACUGUUUGACCUAUAAUAAGGUUGGCCUAUGUCAGGUAUAUAUGUUCUUAUUUAUAUUAUAUUGUAGUUCACAGAUGUGUUCCGAUCGUUGCAUAGAACGAAAACACCAGCAUAUAGGAG